AUGGGUUUGCUUGAAACACCAAUCUCAAUUCCUAGCGAUGACAAGAACUAUCAGUUGACGUCCAGUCCAAGGUAUAUCAACUGGCAUAUGUUUGGCACUGCAACUUCUCAAGAGCUUGUUUCCAAUGGAGCUCCUGGUAUGAAUGGCAAGAGGGCUCUGGCAUCAGAAUCUUCUAGCCUAGGGUUAAAAAGACAGAAAAGUGAUAAAACUACCAGGUCAAUGUCAUAG